AUGGAUUCUCCUUCAUCGGAAGUAACAGUUGUAUCGGAAUGCUUCGUUACACCCAAAACCAUGCCUGAAAAAUGGAAAGAGCCAUACCAUUUGUCACCGUUGGAUUAUGUGAUGCUCUCUAUGCAUUACAUCCAAAUGGGUCUUCUCUUUCUCAAACCAUCGACAAUAUCUCAAUCUGAUAACCCAAAAGGUUACAUGGAGACUUGGCUACAAAAGCUUAAAGACUCUCUGGCAGCGACACUUGUCCAAUUCUAUCCGCUCGCGGGUCGCCUCUCCACCUCAAAAACUGAUGAACCGAGAUCAUACUCGGUAUUUGUGGAUUGUAACAACAGUCCUGGGGCUGGAUUUAUCCAUGCCAAAUCGGAUCUAAGUGUAGGAGAUAUUGUUGGGUCCAAAUAUGUUCCUUCGGUUGUUCAAUCUUUCUUUGAUCACCAUAAAGCCGUGAGCCACGAUGGUCACACCAUGAGUCUCUUAUCAGUCAAGGUGACAGAAUUGGUAGAUGGAGUGUUCAUAGGACUGUCGUUGAAUCACUUGAUUGGAGAUGGAAGUUCCUUAUGGCAGUUCUUCAACUCAAUGUCUGAGAUGUUCAAUGCACAAGAAACCAAUAACUUGCUUCUCAAGAAUCCUCCGGUCCUUGAACGUUGGUUUCCUCAAGGGUACGGUCCUGUGUACAACCUUCCUUUCACUCACUCUGACGAAUUCAUCAGCCGCUUCGAAUCUCCGGUCUUGAAGGAGAGAAUAUUCCAUUUCUCAUCAGAAGCAAUACUAUCACUGAAAUCAAAGGCAAAUCAAGAAUGCGGAACAACAUCAAUGAUCUCUUCAUUUCAAUCGUUAACCGCAUGCAUAUGGAGAUGCAUCACAAGGGCAAGAAAACUACCAUAUGAUGAAGAAACUCGUUGUAGCUUCGCUACUAACAAUAGAGCAAGAAUGGAUCCACCAUUGUCCUUGAACUAUUUCGGGAACUGCAUUUCUGCUAUAAGGUCGAUGACCGUGAAAUCAGGAGAACUACUGGAGAAGGAUUUUGGAUGGGCCGCUAUGAAAAUACAUCAGGCUGUAAUUGGAAACACUAGUGAAGAGAUCUCGAAGACAAUCGAGGAAUGGUUGGAAUCAUCUUUUGUUUUCCAUCUAGAAACACUUUUGGGAUCGAUGGUUGUUCACAUUGGAAGCUCACCGAGGUUCAACAAGUACGAAUGCGAGUUUGGGAUGGGAAAAGCGGUUGCGGUUAGAAGCGGUUAUGGCGGUAAGUUUGAUGGGAAGAUAUCUGCUUAUGCAGGAAGAGAAGGAGGAGGAAGCAUAGAUUUGGAGGUGUGUCUUGUUCCAGUGUUUAUGGAAGCUUUGGAAUCAGAUCAAGAGUUCAUGUCGCUUGUCUCUUCUUCUGCUUGA